AAUAAUACUGUAAGUAUAUUUUUGCUUUACCAUUUUAUCCCUAGUUUUGUACAAAAUUAUUUUAUAAGUUGAAUGCUUGUCCCUCAUCUGGUGAGGAGACAGCACGCUGUGGGGAGGGAGGAGGAGGAGGUUCUACUCUGAAAUCUUGUCAUCAGCCAAGUCUGACAGGGACCUCUAUUCUAGAAACAAUGGUGCGGGGUGGGAGGGGGUGAAUCUUAUGAAAGAGACACCAGCCCUAAACACUAGAAAAGGCAGCAACCUAUUGUCUGUCUCUCCUCACAGAAAGUAAAUCCAUGUGGCCAGGGAAUUUUUUUUUAUUCACAGCUAUAUCUCUUAUGCCUGGAACAGUGCUCAGAAAAUGUUUGUUGACUAGAUGGGAGCUGGGUAUUGGCCCUUCAACUUUGGUGAUUUCUAGCAGUGCUCUUCUUUCCAUGGGAAAGAGUCCCAGAAGCAGGGAUAAGGGUGGUAAGAAGAACCUCUAGCUUUCUCCUGUCUCUACCCAGGAGCAGGUUUUGAGACAAAAUUUCAAAUGACCCAGAGGGUAAAAAAAAAAAAAAAAAAAAAAGAUGGUUCUGUUCUUUUCAACUCACCUACGUCCUCCUUUCCACAUUUGCUAGGGUCUGGGUAGGUUGUGGCUCAUGUGUUCCAAACCAUAUCCGUGUCAGGACAGACGAGACUUCUGGAAAUUCUAUCAUGGGUGAUUUGUAAACUUAAGCGUCCUUGAUUUAUCUAGUCUAUAAACCCACAUGUUUACUAAUCGGAUUUGUUUCAAGGAACAUUCUGUGUCCUAAGGAUAUGGAUCUCUCAUUUUCAGCAGAUUCCUCUACUUAGAACCUCUUUGCUCCUAAGUGGAAAGAAUAUGAAAAUGGAGCAAAAAAAAUGGUUUUAAAUGAUUUAAAGUUCUCAUAGCUCUUUCCACAAUUCCCUACUAGGGCAAUAUACCACAGCUAAAAAGACUUUACCGAUGGUGGACUGUUUGGGCUAUCUUUUGUGUAUUAAUAAAAAAAAGAAAAAGACAUCGAGUUUGGGUCUCUUUGGAAAACCAGAUGCAAAUUAGCCCCUGGAUCCCAGGGGCUGUUAGGAAAGCAGAGGAAGGAACGGUGGGCACCUUCCCAUUGGCCGGGGGGCACUCACCCAGAUGUCUGGCUUCCACAUAAAAGAGAGGAACCACUGCAGUCAGCUUCCACUUCCAGUUAAAGGACGACAGCAAAAACAGCCAAAAAAGGGAGAUGGCCAGACUAUUAUUAUUUUCCCUCCCAGGUCUUGUGGCCAUAUGUGCCGUGCAUGGAAUAUUUAUGGACAGACUUGCUUCCAAGAAGCUCUGUGCAGAUGACGAGUGCGUGUACACUAUUUCUCUGGCCCGAGCUCGAGAAGAUUACAAUGCCCCAGACUGCAGGUUCAUUAAUGUUAAAAAAGGACAGCAGAUUUACAUUUACUCAAAGCUGGUGCAAGAAAAUGGAGCUGGAGAAUUCUGGGCUGGCAGUGUUUAUGGAGAUGACCGUGAGGAUGAGAUGGGCACCCUGGGCUAUUUCCCCAGCAGCUUGGUCGAGGAGCAACACGUGUACCAAGAAGCCACCAAGGAAGUCCCCACCACGGAUAUUGACUUCUUCUGUGAGUAAGAAAUUAGACCUGCAAAUAAAAAGGAAACACCAAAAAAUAUAAACAGUGAAAUAACAACAACAACAAAAAAUAUGUGUCCCUAAUUCCUGACUUUUGAUUCAAGGCUUUUUUAUCCUUACAGGAGGGCUGAGUCUUGGGGGCCAGUGGUGGUAGAUGAAGGAGUAAAUUCUGUUCAGUUCUCUGCUGGCCUGGUCUUCCCAGCACCUGGAGGGCAGGGCGAUGUUUGGCUCAAGGGGGAGAAUUGAAAGCAGAAAUUCUUUUUCAGCCUAGAGAAUCCUGUCUUACACAGGAAUGCAUACAGAAGACGGUUCAUUUGUAUUACUUCUUCACUGUAAUUCUUGCCAGUUCUUUGGCUCCUUAUAGAAACUUGGUAGGUGACAGGUCUUACUUGGGACAUGCUGUUUUCUAAUUAUUUGUCUUACUGGCCAUUGGGAGUGUUAUAAUGUACCCAAAGAGGCUAUAUCCUCAAGGAAUAUGCCAGGAUUAUUGUUACUUUUAAUAUUUGAUGCCUUUGAGAUGUGAAACUGGUGCGAGUGGAUGAGUUUUUUGGACUCAGAGAUAUUGGACUCUGCCUCUUUCUCUUUACUUUUAAGUAAGUAUGUGUGUCUGUAAUAAGGGAGGCGCAGCUUAUGAAAUAUUUGUAAUGGGAUAGUUUCCCCUUUGUGAGUGCUGUUACUGCAAACAUUCGAGCUUCCAAUCAAGAGACAGGAGGAAAACGUCUGUGGGUUAUUUUUCUACUUCUCUUUCAACUUCGAAUUUCCUCUUCCUGUGCAAAGUCCCCGAGUCAAGGAUGAUGUGGGAAGAAAUCUGGUGAGGGGGAUUGGUGGUCCCAAUGGACGUACAAGUUUCUCUACAUUUAAUUGGAAAUUUACUUUGAUUGUUCAUUCCUAAUAUAAUUCUUUUGAUGUAGUCAUGAGUCUGUUUACAUGUAAUUAAAAUGCCUGUACUCAAAAAACCUGA